AUGACAAUAGCGAUUUCACAUUGUGUAGCCAUGGCCUUCACCGGCGGUCUUUACUUCGCUAUAAAUUCAGAUCUGCAUCCCUCGUCGAAGCAGAACCUCGCGGCCAAUCUCCAGCCGCAUCCCACCAUGCCAGGCAAGAUGGCUGGCGAGAACGAGGAAAACAUGCGCAGCCACAAGAUCACUAUGAAAGGCGAUCCCAGCGCACCCGGUGCCGGCAGGCCGGACCCCAAUGAAGAGUUGGGCCCGAAGGCUAUGGGUCACGGGGCAGCACCUUCACAUGUAGCCGACCCGGCUGAUCCCCGCGGAAAGCCCAGGAGCUUCAACUACAUGUCCGGAAAGCAAGAGGGUUUGUCUAAUGGUGAUACUCACCACAGCUCCCAGAUUUCCAAGCAAGGGGAGAUGAGUAAGAAGGGUGAGGGUGUUGCUGAGACUGCGAAGCUCAAGGGUACUGUGUCGACUAAGCGACCUGGUCCUGAGAAUAAGGAACAGCGAGGCAAGGCUCAAAUGGAUGAUGAGUAG